AUGUCGAAUAGCGGGCGAGAGCAAUCCGGCCAGCCGCCCUUGGACAUACAGAGGCCUGGCUCGCCGGGUUCCUUCCGCAGCCGCUCCUAUGGCGCCUCCGUUCCUCGCGCCGAGGCCACCGCCCGUCUUGCCUCUCCCAUCCCGAGCCAGCACUUGGGCACCCCGCCGACUGCCCGAGCCGAAUCGCUACAUACGAGCGCCGACACGGGUGCCGCUCAGUCUGGCGAGGACGUGACCCCUCUCCCCGGCGCAACCUCGUCCAGCCAUGUGCUCGGCCCCGGCACCUCUGCCCUCGCCGCCGCCCUGUCCAACUCCCUCGGCGCCUCUCCUCCUCGCUUCGGUACUCCUCCUGUACGACCCUCGUCCCCAAGCGCGUCCAGCGGGCAGAUCCCCCAGUCUGCAACUCCUACCAACUAUGGCUCCUUCGACACGAGAGCCCGAAACGCGGCCUACGAGGACCCUGAGAUCAUCAAGAGGCAUCUGGUUCAGCCCUCUGAUGCAGCUUACCAAUCCGAUGACUCGGGAAACAGGAAAACAAGCGACUCUGCCGCCAAGGGCAAGCAGCCGGACACUGGGGCCAACGCUGCUGUGGACGACGAGGAGUUCUCGAGCUUGCGGUUGCAGGGCGGAGACAUCACUCGCCAGGUCUACAAGUGGACCGAGGGAGCUACGAACAAGAUACAGCGCAGCAAGAGCUUUAACAUGCCGCGGCCUGAGCCCGAGGAGGAAGUUCUUGACAUCAACAACAUCAAGGUCCCUGGUGGCUUCAGGCGGAACUACCUCCGGCGCGCGGCUGGCAGCCCUGCGCCGCAUGCGGGAAGGCGGGAUUUCGGUGACGGACUGAGCCAGCCCCAGCCCCAAGUCUUCACCUCGAGCUUCCUCGAAUUCUUGAGCAUGUAUGGCCACUUUGCCGGUGAAGAGCUCGAGGAAGACGACGAAGUGCUCAGGCCUGGCGAGUACUUCUCUUCAGGCGAGGACGAGUGGGAGAGUGACGAAGACUCGGACAUGGACAGGGAGCCGAUGGAGGACAGCGCGCUACUGACCCCGUCACGCAGGAAAAGGAGAAGAAAGCACCGGAUAAGUGGGAAAGCCAGUCCCACGGGGGCAGCUCUCGUCCUGCUCAAGUCCUUCGUUGGGACCGGUGUCCUCUUCCUCCCUCGUGCUUACCUCAACGGCGGCAUGGUUUUUAGCAAUGCUGUUCUUCUCUUCGUCGCCGCUCUCAGCUACUACUGUUUCGUCCUCCUGGUCACGUCGCGCCUUAAGGUCGAAGGGUCCUUUGGCGACAUGGGCGGCAUUCUCUACGGAAAAUGGCUGCGCUUCCUGAUUUUGUUCUCCAUCGUCGUCAGCCAGAUCGGUUUUGUUGCAGCCUACAUCGUCUUCGUCUCCGAGAAUCUUCAGGCUUUCAUCCUCGCGGUGUCGGAUUGCCAGACCCACAUACAGGUCAAGUGGUUGAUCCUGAUGCAGAUGGUCAUCUUCCUGCCGUUCUCCCUCUUCCGCGACAUCAACAAGCUUAGCUUCACGGCCUUGAUUGCCGACGUCUUCAUCAUCCUUGGACUAGGUUAUCUCUUCUACUACGAUGUCUUGACGCUCGAUAAGUUCGGCUUGGCCGACAUCACCUUGUUCAACAAGAAUGAUUGGACGCUCUUCAUCGGCACGGCUAUAUUUACAUUCGAGGGCAUCGGGCUCAUUAUCCCCAUACAGGAGUCCAUGGCCAAUCCCAAGAAGUUCCCCAAGGUUCUCUUUGUUGUCAUGAUUAUCAUCACAACGCUCUUUAUCGUCAUGGGCGCGAUCUCGUAUGCAGCCUACGGCUCCAAGACUGAGACCGUCGUCCUGCUCAAUCUGCCUCAGGACAGCAAGCUCGUCAACAGUGUGCAGUUCUUGUACUCGAUUGCCAUCAUGCUGUCCAUCCCGCUGCAGAUCUUUCCUGCGAUCAGGAUCCUGGAAAAUGGCCUCUUCACACGGAGCGGGAAAUACAACCCCUACAUCAAGUGGCAGAAGAACGUCUUCCGCUUCUUUUUUGUUAUUCUUUGUGCUAUCAUUGCGUGGGCUGGCGCAGACGACCUGGACAAAUUUGUGGCGCUGGUGGGCAACUUUGCCUGUAUUCCGCUUGUCUAUAUCUAUCCGCCCAUGCUGCACUACCGCGCCGUGGCGAGAUCUGCGCUUUGGAAGAUAUCCGACAUCAUUCUCUGCAUUUUUGGCUUCGUUGCCAUGGCAUAUACGACCGCUUUGACUGUUCAAAGCUGGGCCAGUGGGGACGAGGGCCCCAACCUUCCAGGAUACUGCGAUAAAGGGCACGCCUAG